AUGAUGUGCCUGGUGGGAGGUGGAUGUAAAAACAUCCCUGUCUGGAUGCCCAUAGUGACUCCUCUGUCCCUGACACAGUCCUGGCCACACCAGCAGAUUUUCUUCUUGCUUAGGGAAAAACCGUGGCUUCUGAACUAUUCCAGACAAGUAGCCAAAGGUAUAGUAUUUAUGAUGCCUAGUGUGUGUGCAUUUUGGGGAUGCAUGUGACCUGUAAGACACGACUCAUCUCUUGCUGCAAUCCCAGAUCUUUUGCAGGAGAACAUUACUAGUGUUGCAUAAAGUUCCAGAUUAAGCCUUAAGAGUAGCAUGACAGGAUUCUGCUUUCUUUUUUGUUUGUGGUAUGUGGUAGACUGUUCUGGCAUAUACCGACAGCUACACCAAGGCAUGUCUGUAUGUGAUGUCUUUUUUAUGAAUCCACUUUUGUCUGCUGGUUUCAAAAAGAACAUUCUAAUAAUGUACUCGGCAGUAAAAAUUUGCUUGCAAAUGUACUUGCUGUCCCAUGUGUCUUGUGAAUUCUGGCAUUGCAACACUGAAUUUUAUUCUCGCUAGACUAACACAAUGGAUGUAAAAUUACUAAAUGUAAAAGUAUAAUCAGUGUGGGUUCUUUAAUUUGCCUUCUGAUUUCCUGAGCUUUAACUAUAAAAACCUGAUUACACUUCCCAGGCUUAUUUCUGAAAUCAUAAUUGCUGGAAUCUUGAGAAUCUUUAAACUUUUUUUUUUUAAGUUGCAUUUGGCAUAGAUUUCCCUAGUGACACACAUUCUGGAAGCUUAGAACAUAGUGACAUGAAACCAGUAAGCCAGCCUUCCCUAAUCUUGCACCCUGUACUACAGUCCCAUAAUUCCUAAACAUUGCCUAUGCUGGAUGUAUCUUAUAGAAUUUGUAGUCUUAUUAUUAUUUAUUUAUUUGAACCCCAUCUACUAACUGUCCUCUUUCUUUCUUUCUUUCUUUCUUUCUCUCUCUCUCUCUCUCUCUCUCUCUCUCUCUCUCUCUCUCUCUCUUUCUCUCUCCCUCCCCCCCUCUCUCUCACACACACUCUUGUGCAUUUCCUCCAACCCAGAAAUGGCUCCCAAAUGUUGAGUCCCUUAGGUCGCAAAUAUCUGGAGAGCACUAGGUUGGGGCAGUUUUCUAGGAGCCUGUAUGCUCCCUAUCAUUCCCUCUUCUCCCUGCCCGCCACCCCCUGUGUCUUGCUAUUCUGUUUCCCAGACAAAGAAACACUUGAGACAGCUUGGGUCAAUUCAUAUGCACCAGCUUCUGUAAUAGGGAGUAUUUAUGAAGACUGCUCCCACACAAACUCUCUAGUUUAUGGGGUGUCAUCGUAGCUCGUGUAGCUUUCAGCCCAAUCAUGGAAAGAGAUACAGGCUGGUUCCCUGGCAAGCCUCUUGGGCUACAACUCUCCUGCUUGGUUAUACUACGAAGCAUGUACUGUAAGCAAGGCUGUUAGUAUGCUGAGUCAGCAUGACUGGCUCGGCACAGGCGUGCAGGACCCUGGCUGCCAGGCUAUUUUUAAAUGUGGCUUCAUCCUGCUCUGGCUCCUCCCAGGGUUCUUAAUACCCCCCCCCGCCAUUUGCUUUCAAGUAUUAGAGAGAACUGUGGGGCUGGUAGGGACAGAGGUGGCAAGGAGCUGUUGUAAGUCUCUCUGCUUGGUUCAUGCUGUGUGGAGCGCAUAAGGAUUCGUUCCAGCAGGGAGCCCUGCCCACUUCCCUGCCUGGUUCCUGAGCCAGAUAAGUAGGGAUCUGUAAAUGAGGGCUCAGGAUCUUGAGUUUGAUGGUGACCUCUGGCCGUUCUCUUUUCUUGCAGAAUCUGACUGUGAAGGCUUGCGUGUUAUGACGACCCCCAACAAAGGAAACAAAGCCUUGAAGGUAAUGGGGCACGAGUGGGGCUGAGCCGUCCGUGGACACUACCAGAGCUCCCGUGAUACAUGUGUUCCCUUCUGUGUCCCCACAGGUGAAGCGGGAGCCAGGUGAGAAUGGGACCAGCUUGACAGAUGAAGAGCUGGUGACCAUGUCUGUGCGGGAGCUGAACCAGCAUCUGCGGGGCUUGUCCAAGGAGGAGAUCAUCCAGCUAAAGCAACGCCGGCGGACCCUGAAGAACAGGGGUUACGCCGCUAGCUGCCGUGUCAAGAGGGUGACACAGAAGGAGGAGCUGGAGAAGCAGAAGGCAGAACUUCAGCAGGAGGUGGAGAAACUGGCCUCGGAGAAUGCCAGCAUGAAAAUGGAACUUGAUGCCCUGCGCUCCAAGUACGAGGCGCUGCAGAACUUCGCCCGGACCGUGGCCCGGAGCCCUGUCACCCCUGCCCGGGGCCCCCUUGCCGCCAGCAUGGGGCCCCUUGUGCCCGGCAAGGUUGCCACCACCAGCGUCAUCACAAUAGUGAAAUCCAAAACGGACGCCCGGUCUUAGUGAAACGAGCACUGCCUGGGCUUGUGUGUGCAGGGCAGUUAGGCACAAAGCUCAUCCGGAAUCCCCAAAGCACAACCCUCUCCCAGAUGGCCUAGCCCACACAGGCACACGCUGGCCUGCUUGUCACUGCAGUCCCUUUGUUUUUAGCUUUGUUCUGGUUGGUGUGACUGAUGGUAAUGCAACCCUUCUGUGUGAGCAGAACCUUCCACCCAGAGGUAUUCUGGGGACAGAGACUGAAGGACCUCGGUACUCUAGCCAAAGAGAUUCUCAGCAGCAUGGAAUAAAUUCUUGGGGAGAGAAAUCGCCCAAAGGGGGGAGGGCAGAGGUCAUAGAAAGUUGGAAGACCUGCUGUCAGUGAUGACUUAUACCAUUCUUCCAGGGUUGUGUGUCAGCUGUCCAGUCUGCUGCUUGUAAAUUGCUUGGUAUCAGUGGCUAUAAUGGGGGUAGUUUGUGUAACCAUGUUUAUAUUAACAUCUAGUUGCGCCUUUUAUGUUUAAAGGUGGGAUUCCUUAGGACUUUUCCUAAAAGGGGAGGGAAGGGGCAAAACUGCAGUUUCCUGGUGUCUGUGCUGCUGAGAAGGGAAAGGAGCCAGGAAUGGGCACUGUUGUAGCCUGCCUGUCAGGUAAAAGGCAGGUUCUACCGUGGUGACUACAGGCCGGUUUUGUGCCUAAUGUGUUGCACUGAACAAGACCAAAAUCACUAGUUGUUUCCUGUGUUUGGAGAGUAUCAAGUGUCUCUAGUGUGAUGGUUUACACAAGUCUAUGUGGUUUUAAAUAGCCCUUUAUUUAAGAGAGAAACAUUCAUUUGAAAGAAUUCUUAAAUGAUCUAAGUCUCAAAAGUAAAACUGGAUGAACAACUUGGAUUUAAUAGUCUCCUUUUUAACCUGAGAAGGGUGAGAAUAUUUGACUGUCAUAUUCCUGGAGACUUUGCUAAUUUAAAAGAAAAGAAAAAGAAAAGCAAAUUUUAAAAGUUUCUCGCUAAGUCUUUGUGGCUCCAAGGUUGUUUUUUAUAAAGAGUUAUCAGACUUUUAUUUAUAAAUAAUGUAGGGGGGGGGGAGACAAAAAAGGCUAGUCCUGUUUGAUAUCUUUUUGCAAUUGUACCAAAAGUGACUUAUUCUUGAACUCCUCACCCGCUUCUUUUGUGCUCCUGUUGUGUUAAGUUGUCUGUGCUCUGAGGUCUUGUGUGGCGCUGUGAUGUGAUGGUGCCAAUGGCCAUCUUUGCUGUGUGGAUGUCCUGUGAGCAUUCUUUUUUUUUUUGCUUUUCCUGGGCUGAGGGCAGGGCUUUCUUGGGCAUUUCCCAAUGACCUUCUGACGAUCCUCUCAUUAGAAGGUUUGUCUGUGUAUGAUGGCCUCACUUCCUCGGCUGCUGAAGUCUGAGGUAAAUUGGCUCUUCUAGGGUGUUGCUGAAACUGAAUAAAUCAGGCAUAGGCAAACUCGGCCCUCCAGGUGUUUUGGGACUACAACUCCCAUCAUCCCUAGCUAACAGGACCAGCGGUCAGGGAUGAUGGGAGUUGUAGUCCUAAAACAUCUGGAGGGCCGUUUGCCUAUGCCUGCCAUAAAUUAUAACUGGCAGACACUCUUGCCUUCCCCCAUGGCACUUUGCAUCACAGAGUUUACUUUCCUGUGGAUACUGGGUCUCCAAUGGUCAGUCCCAACAUGUCAAAAAAGGUUGGGUAGAGGAGGCCACUGCCCAUGCUGCAGCAACAUGAAUCAGUUAGUAGAGCUGGCAAUGUAACUAACUCCAGUAUUUCCUAGGGUUGGGCCACAGGCUGCAUACAUCUAGGUUCAUUCCUUGGGGAAAAUUAUUUUGCUGUCAAUGCUACCAUCAACUUACCUCCUGGCUGUUGUUUUCUACUCUUGGGCAUGUUGAGGACUACUUGGGAAGCGCCAAUGGAAACUCCAUAGAGAUUCAUGAGUGUGUGAUUGUCAGUGUGACCCAGGAAAAUCCAGCUUUACUAUUUAAUCUCUGGAUACUCAUAAAGUGUUGUUGGAAGCCUGGUCACGAGGUUCUCCAAAGGAGAACCUUCUGGCAGCCUGCUCUUUUCUGAGAGGAGGAGAAUAGUUGCCCUGUCUUCUGUGCUGCUACCCAGAAGUGUUUGGUUCACAGGGAGCAGGUGGUCAUUCCAUUAUCAAGAGGAGCAUGUUGGGACUUUGGCAGUAUAUAUUUGUCAGGCAAUCUCUCUAGGUGUGCACUUAAAACUUGGGGCUUUGCCUAGAAAACAGUGUUCUUCAGAGCAAGCACAGCUAGUGCGUCCUAGUCAAGACCACGUUGAGAAAUCUUGACUGAAGCAGCAUAAGAAUAGCAUUAUAAUUGGCAGACACUAGAACCCUCCAGCUGUUACGAUAUUGCCAGCAGGAUCGACAAACUUGCAUAGCUCAGGCUGGGCAGGACAGAAUCUGGUGGCUUUUCAAACUGACAUUCUACUAGAUUUGGCCUUUACGGCUAAAGAGAAAAACUUAAUGGCCAAUUUUGAAGCAAAGAGAUCAAAUUCGUAUAAGCUGAAGGGCCAAAUUCCUACCCAGCAGAUACCCAGGGACAGCACUCAACAAUUUCAAUUGAAAAUGUUUUUUCCAUCUCAGUUUGCUGAAAAUUAAUUCCCCGGAGUCAUCUUCCGAAUAACCCACUCAGUGUGAGAAUUUCACUGCCUAGAACAUCUCCUAGCUGCAAGAAAGAAAGAAAGCUUUAAAUUAGGAUUAGUUAUCGAAAGUCCUCUUCUUGAGCUCUCUCCAACUGCAAGCUUGCUGUUUGCAAUGUAAAGACAGGGCUGCUCUCUACACCAGUGGUUCUUGUAAAUAUCGCAACCAUUCUUUUGACAUGGCAACCUGGGGUGCUUUUCUGCUGCCCUUUGAAUGUGUGGACUGCAAAUAUGCAGUUGGCAGUACAGGAACAAGGAAGAGCAAAUGGAAAAAGAGCAGGGUGGGGUGGGGUUAAAUAACAAAAGAGCUCUGGCGUGGAUGUACACUUAGCUUUGCUGGAGAUUCCACCAAAAAUCAUAUUGGCUACUCCAUCCUGCAUAUUUAGAAAGAAUAGGUAAGAGGCUGCUAUUGGCAAGGCAGCACCUUUCCCCUACUAAGGCUGUUAGGUGUCCGACCUGAAAAAGAUUGAAUUGUAUGGAGUAUGUUAGGGCUGCUGUGGGUCAGAUGUGGGCUUGUAAGGUCUGGUAAAGCCCCAGGGAUUUAUGUCUUUCACUCCUGGUUUAAAAGGUUUAGAAACCAUUGGAGGAUUGAUUAUGUAGGAUUGCUGGGUCCAGAGCUGUCCUACCUUUUAUUGUUUUUUAAUCCUUCUACCUCUCUGUACAUCUUUCCCUCCCAUCUUCAAGCUGUGCAUAUUUUCUUCCCCUUAUUGCCUUCCAUUUUCUAGUCCUUGCCAAAGAAAUCCAAAUUCUGUGAAAACCAAACAGUUGUAAUCUGAGGAAGCAAUAUUUAUGCAAACUUGUCAAACUGAGAAACCACAAUAGCAUGUAAUUUGGGUUUCCUGGUCACCAAACUGACAAGCGAGAGGUGGGGUGUGUGUGUGAAGUGAAAUCUUAGGUCACGUCAUAGCUGGCUUUUGAGAGUCACGUGAAGGGCAGUACCAUGGGCUGCCAUGCUCUCUUGAUGAGCAACAACUCUUGAAUGUCAGCUGUCUGACCUCCGCCUGCCUCUCCAUUGGCAUUGGUGUGCUUCUCUGUACUGUAUACUGCUCCAUGGAAAGCAGGGCGACGACACCUUUGGUGGUAACUUUGAUAUUUAAACACAGCUUGUAUGAGAAAGUGAUUGAGUGGGGCUGUCUUUCUGGGGUAGAAGUUUCUUUUCAACAUACCUUGUUGACUUUUAUCAUGGACAUAUUGUCCAGAACAGUUCUUAACAGCUUUCUGGAGUUGGCCGGGCUUCCAUUGCUGCUUCCUCUUAAUGGGUUGUCUACUGUUUCCAUCUAGAUCUUGGAUAGCAAGAAGGGCUCCUACUGAAAGUCUCUCCUCUAGAGUUGCAACUCGUGCCCUUUCCGAGGCCUAA